UAAAAACCUGGCCGACUUGACUUGGUGACUAACCGCAUUUGGAUCAAGUCAAGCAAGUCAAGCAAGCCGGACUUGCUUGUGGCCACCUCUGGAUGUCAGCCGCCUUUGCGGUUCUUCCUACGGAGAUUCUGCUGCAGAUCGCGCAUGACUGUAUUGACGCCUCAUCACUGUGCAAUCUCGUCUCUACUUGCAGGCGAAUUCGGCAUAUUUGGUUUCAACAUACCACAGACAUCGUCUCCAGAUUGACCGGUCUGACGAUUCCGGAACUCAAAGAUGCUGUCGUCUUCGCCAGACAGGAGCAUGACGUACAGCACCAAAACCCCGCCACAAAAGCUCCGGAAUACGAAGAGCUCAACGUCCAGGUCCGUAGAUCGCUUACUUCGAUCACAACUACAGCGAGACAUUGUGACGCAAUUAGUGCGCGCUAUGCGAAGUUGCUUGCCGCUUUCAAGGCGAGUAACAUCAGCCACAAUCGACGUAUCUCACACCAAUGUCCUGAUGAGGAUGCUACAUCCGUCUGCAAGUCAUACCUGGCAAUUCGACGACUAGCUCUGGGCUAUGAUCACUUUGAGCUCUUAGGUAUAGAUUACGCAGACAUACAUGCCAGCGACGACAUAUCUCUAGACGACAUCGACUUUAUAUCAUCUAGAGUCCUGUGCAGGCAUUUACCUGGCAUUGAAGUGCGAGCUAUCGACAUAAACAACGAUGAAACGGAUGCGCUCUGGUGGGAUUGCGAUUAUGUUGUGAAGAACGCAUAUUUUCAACCUGAGAAUUGGGAAUUCGCUUAUUACCUCAUUUGGCUUAUCUCUACUUGGAGAUUCGAUCAACCUGGCGAUGCACCGGAUUACCAACAGGCAGUUUUGAAGCUGCAAGACAGCUUCGGGCACGAUAGAACAAACGCGCUGUUCGGAUCCAUUGAGAAGCCAUAGCAGCAACUAUCGGUGCGGUGGCAACGUCGCGAGAUUGAUGGCAGAAAGGAAUGGUAAAAAGAUGGGCAACAUAUGCCAAAAUGAAAGGAACGCGAGUAGUAGAAAUCAUUGAGCUUCAACGUCUAGGAAGGAGAAAUUCAAUCUUGCCUACAAUU